AUGUUCUACCAAGAAGACCUGGAGCAGUGUGGUCUUGAUGUCACAGAGGCCUCGGUGUACUCAGGAGUUUGUACAGAGAUCUUCAAAAGAGAGAGUGUGAUCUUCCAGAAAACAGUCUACUGCUUUGUUCAUCUGAGCGUUCAGGAGUUUCUGGCUGCAGUCUACAUGUUCCACUGUUACACCAGCAGGAACACAACAGGACUGAAGGCCUUCCUGGGGAAAAAACAUGUUGAUUCAACCCUGGAUGUCUUCUUGACGGGAGCAAUGAUGAAAUCCCUUGAAAGUAAAAAUGGCCACCUGGACCUGUUUGUUCGCUUCCUUCAUGGCCUCUCUCUGGAGUCCAACCAGAGACUCUUAGGAGGCCUGCUGGAUCAGACAGACAACAGUCCAGAAAUCAUCCAGAGAGCUAUCAACAACCUGAAGGAGAAGAGGACAAAGAUCUCUCCUGACAGAAGCAUCAACAUCUUCCACUGUCUGACGGAGAUGAACGAUCACUCAGUAAAUCAGGAGAUCCAAGAGUUCCUGAAGUCAGAGAACAGAUCAGAGAAGAAACUCUCAGAGAUCCACUGCUCAGCUCUGGCCUACAUGCUGCAGAUGUCAGAGGAGGUUCUGGAUGAGUUGGACCUGCAGAAGUACAACACAUCAGAGGAGGGACGACUGAGACUGAUUCCAGCUGUGAGGAACUGCAGAAAGGCUCGCUUUUCUAGUUGUGGACUCUCAGAGACUCACUGGGAAGUCGUGGCCUCAGCUCUGAAGUCCAACCCCUCCCAUCUGAGAGAGCUGGACCUGAGACACAACUACAACCUGCACGAUUCAUUUGUCUGA